CGAUCGUUGAACUAUAAACAUCAUGGCUGUAUUCCUCCGUCGAUUUCUCUGGCUCAUCAGUUUUACUUUGGUUUUGACUGAUGAUAAUUCCGUUGAGAAUAAAUUCUAUAUAGCUGGUGUAGUGGAAUAUAGGCCAACGUUUAUGGGCGGCACUUCGGAACAGCUGUUGCAAGCGAAUCUGGCUGGUUAUCUGGAGAUCAUGGCAUCUGGCAAUGGCACUACGGACAUCAUAGUCUUUCCGGAGGCCACACUAAAUAGUGUGAUUACCCUGACAGCGGUGCCGAAAUUUACGGAGCAAAGUUUGUGUGAAGAACAGGGAGAUGAUGAUCCGGAAAUAGCACCAUUCCUAAGAUCUUUGGCCUGUGCCGCCAGGGAAUAUGGCACCUAUUUGGUGGUCAAUGUCAAGGAGCGUGUUUCGGAGCAGUGUACUUCGGAUGAGACAUGUUCCAGUCGUGGCUAUUCGAUUCACAAUACCAACGUAGUGUUCGAUAGACAAGGAGCGGUGAUAUCACGCUAUAGGAAAUGGAAUCUUUACUUAGAACCAUCCACCAAUCGAACUGAAUCCCCUGAAAUAGCCACCUUUACAACGGAUUUCAAUGUGACCUUCGGUCAUUUCAUCUGCUUUGAUAUGCUCUUUUAUACGCCGGCUCAGGAUUUGGUGGAGCAACUGGGCAUCCGCCAUGUGAUUGUCACCAAAAUGUUCAACUCGGAGCUGCCUUUCCUCACAGCCUCUCAAUUUCAGCAGGGCUGGGCGUGGGCCAAUCGGGUGAACCUUCUGGCCUCCGGAGGAAGUCUUCCGCAGGGUGGAAUAAGUGGCAGUGGAAUUUACGCGGGUCAACAGGGCGCUCUGGCGAGACUCAUGAUCACGGAUGAGCUGGUGGGUCAGAGAAAGUUGCUCCUGGCUAAAGUUCCCCUCGAUCCCGAGGAGCCGAUAGCCACGGAUGAGAUCUUGGAACCCGAAAUCAUGACUCCUGUGAAACUAAAACUUCUGCAGCAACCGGAACUAAAGAACUUUACCACCUGGGAGUUGCCCAUGGUCCGGGGCAGUUCGGUGGACAAGAGAAUAUGCCAGGAGGACUUGUGCUGCGAGUUCCGGGUCACUUGGACCCUGGAGGACACUCAACCGGAAUAUAACUACCGAUUGGGAGUUUGGGUGGGACAAAGGCGCUACGAGGAGGAGCAGUACAGUGCCAUCCGGCUGUGUGGCCUGUUCGCCUGCAAAGGUGCCAGUGUAGAGAGCUGCGGCCUGGUUAGCGAGGAGGAGGUACACCUGCAGGAUCACCGAGUUGUGUUCACCGACCUGCAGAUCCUUGGCGAGUUUGUACGGAGGCCACGACGUCUCAUAUUGCCCAGCACCCUUAGCUCCUCCAGUUUCUAUGCCCUGCAACCAUCCCAAUUAGCAUGGUCCAUGGAGGAAUUGGCUAAUGUAACGCGGAUUAAGAUGGAGCUGCGACAACCGCACAGCCAGCUAAUGACCUUCGCCAUAUAUGGCAACUAUUUCGAUGAGUAUGCAAAUGGUGGAGCUGGAAGAUUGGGAACCCUGCUGUUUCUCCUAAUCACGCCGCUAAUUAUGAUGCAUCUAUUUCGGGAGUAGGGCGAUCCACACUACAUUUGUGCAGGAUAUGUUAGUUGAUUUCUAUUUUAU